CUUUUGACGCUUUUGUUUACCUGUUUUCCCUGAAUGACGGAAAACUGCCGAGCAAAUUUUCUUCUCGCGCAAAUUUUUAGUUUUUCCAUAGUUUUAAGUGAAUUAAUUGAUCAAAACCAAGUGCAAAUCGGUGGCCAAGCUGUUUCGCUCUAGGUAGAAUGUACUGUUGCAUACGUAGCUGCCCGUCCAAGUACGGGAAGGCGUCCGUUUCCUUUCACCGGUUUCCGCAGCACAAUGAAGACCGUCGCCAGCGGUGGAUCGAAGCAGCGGCCCGGGGUGACGAAAUCAACUACGAUUACGCGGUGGUUUGCAGCCGGCAUUUUGUCGGAAAUCGUCCGGCACGGGCUGGGGACAGUCAGUCGGUCAGUUGGGUCCCGACCCUGCUGCUGGACAGGGACCUAUCCGACGCGGAUGCCACGGCUCGGCGUCAGUCCGCGGGUGCCGGCGGGGCGGUGGUGGAUGGAGGUGCCAUCCAGGAUGAUGAUGAUUUAGACGUCAGCUGUGCCGUUCGCGGCUGCGGAAUGACAAAGGAGGAAAAUCCCUCGUUACUGUUCUUCCCCGUACCGCGAAAUGACAGCGAACGGCGCAAGUGGCUGCUGCAGAUUGGGAUGCUAGAUGGUACCAGCGAAUCGAACACUAACAGUGUGUUGGCCGUUUGUGAACUGCAUUUCGAUCUUACAAAAGACUUACUGAACUACGACGACGUGAUCUCUAUGGGGAGAACUGCCAUGCUGAAGGAACAUGUCAUGCCGAGCCGGAAUGUCCCGGCCAUAUCGGGCCACAAUCCGGUACACUACACUCACGAAAUGCCUGACAAUGAUUCGAUGACGAUGAAGGAGGAAGAACCGGUAGCGGUGGACGACGAUGACGAAGAAUCUUUACUGGAGGAAAUGGUGCCACGCAAAUGCACUGAAGAUAAUCAUCAUUCAAUGCCGGAAUAUCCAUUGCACAUGCAACCGAGUCCUAUAGAGGAAUUUGUGCAGAUUUGCCGCUCAUGUUUGAGUACGGAUAGAACAAAUCUGGUGUCCGCUUUCGACGAUAGAUUGGCGGACAUAUUUCUCCAGUUCACCAGUGUGAGCAUUAACGAGAACGAAGGCAUUUCCACCAUGAUUUGCGUAGACUGUAAAUCGAGACUGCUAGAAAUUCACUUUUUUCGUGAUACUUGCGUCACGAACACACAAAUUUUGUUCCAUCGGUAUCAGAAGUGCUACGGAACGGUACCGGGUGGUGGCGCGCAUAGGGAUCAGUCUCACCACGAAUAUGGCUAUAAUCCGCAAGUGAUUCCCAGCGCUAGCCAUUACAAUCGCUACGAUAUGGGUGCCGACGAUCCGGAAGAUCUUUUGAUGCCGCAGAAAGAAGAAAUGGAAGUAGCUGUCCCAAAACCUAGCAGACCACGUGGCAGACCCCCGAAAAGACCUCCAACUCCGCCCAAACCCGUUGUUUCUCCAACGAAACUGAAAAAAUCGCAGAAGAUAGCAACUAUGAAGAAGCGGUUUAAGUGCAAAUUCUGUCGAAAGGAGUACAACUCCCGACCUGGAUACGAAAUGCAUUUGGCUACUCACAAGUACCACCAGCAGAGUGAUUUCACACAAGAGUGCAAGCGGUGUGACAUUCUAACACGCAAAGGUGAAGUGCACCGGUGCUACACGGACAUACUGUACUGUUAUGUAUGCGGCGAAAAGUACGGCAAGUGGGGUCACCUGAAGCUCCAUCUGGCGAAGAAACACCGCAUCAAAACCAAGCGACGGGAGCUGAUGCAGAAACUGAAGGAAAGCGGCUACGUGGCCGGUGGCAGGGUUAAUGCCCUGAAAGUGCCUCCGUCAUCGAGAGUUGCACAGGAUGAGGAAGAAUCAGAAGAGGAAGAAGACGAAGACUAUGAUCCUCCGAAGCAAGAUGAUCCGGUAAAAUCGGACAGUUCUCGCAGUGCUACAAACUCUCCAACAACUGAACAACCACGCAAAUGUAGCUUCUGUGGCGUGGGUUUCCUGUAUAACUCAAGUCUGGAUAUGCACAUGAAAACGCACAGCCCCAUAGAGCUAACGCAAUGCAAUGAGUGCGACUCGAAUUUCGAUUCCUACCUGCAGCUGGAGCGCCACCACGAUGAACACGAUGAUGAAAACCCCAUGGCAGAAGAAAUCAUAUGCAAACAAUGUGGAAAACAGCUAACGCGCCAGCAAACGUUGAUGCUGCAUUUGCAGUACGUGCACAAGGAUAAGAAUGUGGUGCAGUGUAGCACGUGUCCCCAGCUGUGUGAAAACGCCCUUGAGCUGAGCAAUCACGUUUGCCGUACCCAAAAGCGAAAACAUGCUGGUGCUUCAUCGUCCUCGACCGGUGUCUCCAACGGCGACUUUGUAAUAAUUAAACCGGAAUCGAUUCUCAAGGGGGCGUCCUCUUCCAUGGCCAUGAACGACGAUUCCAACUCAACCCCGGUUGGGCUGGAAGGUUCCGACGGAGCCGAUCCGUUGCUCGGCUUGGGCAACGAAGAGGUCAUCGAUCUCGACUCGGAUGACGACGAUGAUUCCAGUCAGGAGAAAGGCAGUUACGAUUGCACUAUUUGCAAUAAGCAGUUCCCCAAGGAGGACAUUCUGGAUCGCCACAUGACUGCACCGUAUGAUGAACGCUGCCAGGGCCAAUGAAGUUGGGCUGCGAAAGUAAGUGUGAAUGUAAUAGAGAUGGGGAUCCUUUUUCAUCAACGGGCGGAAUUGGAUCGAAAGGUCAAAGACAAAUCUACCAACAUUUGAAAAGAGCUGAACAUCCGUUGUAAACUUAAGUCUCUUAGCCAGGUGUUUUUCCACUUAUUAACUUAUACCUUUAAGGUUUAUUCAUCAUGGAAAACAGCGUGCAUUGAUAUCAUUGAUUAAAUUGUGCAUGAAAAAAUGCUAUUGAAUGUUUUAAAAACGAUGUUUUGUUUUCUCUAAAAAUAAAAGUCAAUUCCAUCUAUGUACCGCUAGUACGAGUUUCAGUAAUUGUAUGAAAUUUUAUCCAGGCUACACAGCAGAAUUUAUAGUUUACAAUCGUUUUUUCACCUUUUCAAGUGUUUGUCUAGAAUCGUUCUUUGAAUAAUUCAAAUCUUUUCCCGAUAAUGAAAAAAAAAAUCCCCAUAUUAUAUACAAAUUGUGUAUUGUUUCUGGAAAAACAAACUGACAGACGGUUCACGGAGAAAGUACUAUACUAUUGCACCCCUAUCUUGGAGAAUUUAGAACCCACUAUUAUAUGUCAAAUGCUAUUCCAUUAUGUAUUAGAGACUAAUUCAUUUUGCUUGUA